UUUCUGACAGUGUUUGCAUGCACUCUUGUAUUAAUACACCUGGCAGCUAUUAUUGUACUUGUGGAUCUGGUUAUACUUUAAAUAAUGAUACAAACAUUUGUCAAGAUAUUAAUGAGUGUGCAGUUAAUAAUGGAGACUGUGAACAGCUGUGUAAUAAUAGUAUUGGAAGUUACUGGUGCUCUUGUCUUACUGGAUACACAUUAGAUACAAACUAUGUGAAUUGCUCAGAUAUUAAUGAGUGUGACACUAACAAUGGAGGUUGUGAACAGAUUUGUACUAAUACUGACUCAUCCUAUCAGUGUUCAUGCAGUGAAGGAUUCAAAUUGCAUAAUUAUUUCUUUUGUUCAGAUAUUGAUGAAUGUACUGAUGGUACCAGUAAUUGUAGUCAUAUUUGCUUAAACACGGUUGGUAGCUAUACCUGUCAGUGCCAGUUAGGAUAUAAGCUUGAUACAGAUAAUCAUACUUGUAUUGAUAUCAAUGAAUGCGAUGCUCUGGAUGGAGGUUGUGAGCAAACCUGUCAAAAUACUGAAGGAUCCUAUCAUUGCUCAUGUUUUAUUGGAUACAGUUUGGAUUCUGAUCAAUACAAUUGUUCAGACAUCAAUGAAUGUAGUUUCAAUAAUGGACAUUGUGAACACAUUUGUGAAAAUUCUAUUGGAAACUAUACAUGCUCUUGUAAUUCAGGCUAUGUGCUAGUAAAUGGAAAAUUUUGCUCAGAUAUUGAUGAGUGUAAUAUUGAAAAUGGAGGUUGCAAGCAAACCUGUCACAAUACUGCUGGAAGUUAUUCCUGUGUUUGUGAUAUGGGCUUUACUUUAGAUCUUCAUGAUAACUGCAUAGAUAUUAAUGAAUGUGAUACUAGUAAUGGAGGAUGUGACCAGUCUUGUCACAAUACAUUUGGUAGCUAUUACUGUACAUGCAACAACAGCUACUCACUCAAUGCUGACUAUCAUACUUGUGAUG